GAUUACCCCCCUCCCAUACAGAUUUCGGCCCCACCACCUCCUGUAAUUCGCUUUUACAUUGGCCCAGCAGCGACUGAGCAGCGUCCUUGCACUGCCAUCGGCUCAACUUCUUCAGCAGCAUCAUUUCAUCUCUCCACUACUGCUGCUGCUACCGCUGCUACCGGAGCGUAUAAAGACAUUACCGUAACAGUCCACAGUGGAUACACGUUUAUUUAUCGCAUUUUCGGCAACUGGAUACAGGCGUGUCUGUGAUUUUUUUUAUCAUUAUUAUUAAUCACAGGGAUAAUUCCUAAUACAAGAACGGGCUUCGGUAUUAUACUCAAAGAUACAUCACCGAGUUUGAUUGCUUAUACAUAAAGCCACAGUCAUGGAUGAGAUGGACUUGCCUCAGAUGCAGAAGGAGGUAGAAAGUCUAAAGUAUCAGCUGGCCUUCAAAAGAGAGAAGUCCUCAAAGACAGUCACAGAUCUGGUGAAGUGGGUCGAGGAAUGUGUACCCGAGGAUCCAUUCCUGAACCCUGAACUGAUGAAGAACAAUCCGUGGGUGGAGAAGGGAAAGUGUGUGCUUCUAUAAAAGAGUAGCAUCAGCAGCAAUCGGCCAAGCCCCCGUCUGAACCUUCACCAGCCUGACUGGAUCACAUGGCGCUUGCUCUCUCUCCGUUUCAAUCCCUCACCAUGAAUGUACAGCAAAAACCACACACACACAUACAUACAUACAUCACGGGCUCUAUAUAGUCACUUGCAAGGUCUGACACUUUGCCAUGCAUUACUAUUCGAAUUGUACCAUACAUAUAUCUUUAUAAGCAGUUAAUGGAAUUUUCUCUUGCCUGUUCGACUUCAAUGCUGUCUUGCCGCUUGCAUCUUCAGUUCAAGCAUAUGUUGUCGACAUCAAAAUGCCAGAAAAGGCCUGUUAGAUGACAGACUGCAUGACAGGAGAGAAAAGAACACAGCAUGCACCAAAAAAAGCCUCUACAGCUGAUGGUUUGUGGAGCCGGGAAUGGCAGCAAAUUCGUUAGUUUUCCUCUGUUAUGCAGCCAGUUCAUUUGUCUUGCAGGCCUUGCACUAUUUAUACCACAUUCAAAACUAUUUUUAACAUGUACAUUUCUUUUUAAUUUAUUUACUUAUUUAUAAUCAUUAAUUUAUUGAUUUAUAGUUUGAUUUACUAUUGGAGCUGUCGGUGCUACACUCUAAAAAAUGCUGGGGUGUUUUCAACCCAGCGCUGGGUCAAAAAUGCUUGUGCACAGUCGUCAGGUUAAAUUAACCUAUAAAAUGUUUAUAUUUGACCCAACAAUGGUUUAAAAAAGCCCAGCAUUUUGAAUUAAAACAACCCAGCAUAUAUGGUUCAAUUAAAACCCAACGUGCUGGGCUCGUCCCUUUUUGACCCAACGCUGGGUUGAGAAAAUAACCCAGCAUUUUAAGAGUGUACUAUAAACCUGCUGUUGUUAACUACACCAUUUCUUGAAACCAAGCAGAAAAAAUGAAUUUCGCCAGUUCAUCAUUGAAUACUGCCUUGUAGACAAUUUCCUUAAAAAAGAAUGUAUGUGUUGUGAGGGAUUUGUAAACCAUCAGCACCCUUAACCAUUGAAUGGAUAUGCAAACUGAGAGAUUGUGCACUGGCCAAGGCUUUUGUUUCUUAGAUUAAUAGCUAAUAUUCUGCACUUAUGUGGAAAGGCAAGGAUGCGGGGUUAAUUUAUGACUUUGAUUUGCUCAAGUUUUUAUAUAUGUAUAAAUAUAUAUUCAAACGAUAGAAAUCUGUCUAAAUAUCUAUUACAUGAUGUGUAUGCUUUGAGAAAAUAUGCAUAAGAUCAACUACUAGUUUAAUAACAAAGCAAUAAGUGAUUACAUUUUUUAUUGAAUGUUUUACAAAAACAUCCUAUCGAAUAAAGUAGAGGAUUUUUAGACAGC